GGCACACACAAACACCGGCCAAUCGGUUAACUUAUAGGUAGCUCGAUUUUGGAAUUUUCAGACUUUCAGCGUUGAAAUUUUAGUUGUCGAGGCUACCCGAAUACUAAAAGUGCCACAUGUUGUAGAUUGUAAAAUCAGUCCGGGGAGCUUUACCUUCCAUACUCGUUCAUAUAUUUCGUCUUUAUUCUCAGGAUGAAGUUUUGUCAAUUGUUAUGCUUAGCAGCUGUAGUGCUGGGAGCAACAGCUGCUGGAAAGGAAGUUGAGAACGAUGGAGCUAGAUUGCUUGUGGCCAAGCAUGUUCACAACAAAUUCCUAGUUGAGAAUAUGGAUGUUAUUGUUAAGUAUACUGUAUACAACACUGGUGAUGCAGCUGCUCUUGAAGUGGAAAUCACUGAUAAUUCGUUUGACCCAGACAACUUUGCUCAUGUUAGUGGAGAACUGAGUGCCAGAAUUGAUAGAGUACCACCACAUACCAAUGUGACCCACACUGUUGUAGUAAGGCCAAGGAAGCCAGGAUAUUUCAACUUCACUUCUGCUGAAGUACUGUACCGCAGAAAGGAAGAUGCUCCCAGACUACAAGUUGCUGCCAGCAGUGAACCUGGUUUAGCAUUUUUCACCUCUUACAAGGAGUACGAUAAGAAAUUUUCUUCCCACGUGGUUGAUUGGGCUGCCUUUGCUGUGAUGACCCUGCCAUCGCUUGCCAUUCCCUUUGCCUUAUGGUUUUCGAGCAAACGCAAAUAUGAGAAGCUGUCAAAAAACACAAAAAAACACUAAGUUGUAAAAAUGUUUGAGAGAAAGCAAUUCAAAAAGUGGUCUAGAGACUUUAAGCACUACUGGAAAUGAACAUUUAUACAUACAAUUUUUCGUAUGAGUGAGAGGAAUGUAGCUGCUAUAUUCAUCAAAUUUUGUAAUAAACGUUAUUUAUAAACUUU